AUGGAUCCAUUGUACCAGUGUAACGAGGUUGAUGAUUGUGGAGACGGGUCAGAUGAGCAAGAUUGUUGGAGCAUAGAGUGCCCAGAUCCCUACUACUUCAGAUGUCAGAGCACCGGAGCAUGUAUCAAUCCAUAUAUGCGAUGUAACGGUUGGGAUGAAUGCUUGGAUGGCUCAGAUGAGGAGGACUGCUUGGGUAUAGAGUGUCCCGAAUUCAGCUGUAACGGUACUGGACCCUGUUUGCGAUGGCGGCAACAAUGUAACGGCUUUGAUGAUUGCCCAGACGGCACAGAUGAGAAAGACUGCUGGAGUAUAGAGUGUCCCGAGUACAGGUGCAACAGUAGUGGAGCGUGUUACACUUUGUCGCAACAAUGUGACGGCUUCGUUGAUUGUCCAGAUGGUACAGAUGAGAAGGACUGCUGGAGCUUAGAGUGUCCCGCCUACUCCCCGUUCAGGUGUAACAGCAGUGGAGCCUGUUUCGGUCGGUGGCAACAAUGUGACGGCUUUGAGAAUUGCCCAGAAGGCACAGAUGAGAAGGACUGCCUGAGUAUAGAGUGUCCCGAAUUCAGAUUGGUCGAGUGUGACGGGGGGAUGAUUGAAUUCUGUGAAAACUGCUUGCUAGAUUACUGUCCCGAGCCCUACAAUUUCAAAUGUGAAAGUAGUGGAGACUGUAUCAAAGCAGAGCGGAAAUGUGACGGUGCGGAAGACUGCCCAGACGGUUCAGAUGAGAAGUAUUGCACAGCCGACACCUGUCCCCUGCCCAGUUUCUACUGUGCACCUGAUGGUCCCUGCCUCCCGGACACGAGCCGCUGCGAUGGGGUCGGGGACUGUCCCGACGGGUCCGAUGAGAGUGGCUGCGUUUGCACCAGUGUGGAGUUCCGGUGUGUAAACAGCAGCGGAUGUAUGGCGACAUCGGGAGUGUGCGACGGAGUCCCCGACUGUGACGACGCGUCGGACGAGCUGGAGUGUCGUGAGUCCAUAAACAUUCCUGGGAUCGUUAAUAUUCAUGGCUUACAGGGCAUGAGGUAG